AUGUGCCAGGUGCCGCAGCAUCGGCGAGUGCACCAAGACAAUUUCAAGUUCUAUUCUCGGGAGUUGGUACCUCCAGCUCUUCUACCCUCUUCUUGGGUUGUAGGUAUAGUGGNGGUGGGGUGGGGGACAGGAGGUGCGAUGAGAGGCAAGGGAGGUAAGGGUAAAAAGGGAGCCUAUAGGUUGAAAAUUGGGUCAUUGAACAUAGGCACAUUGACGGGUAAGUAUAUAAAGUUGGAUAGGAUCCUCCAGAAGAGGAAGCUUAAUAUAGAGUGUGUCCAGAAGACUAGGUGGGUAGGAUCGAGGGUGAGGGAUGCAGAUGGGUAUAAGUUCUGGUACUCUAUAGUCCUGAAGGGUAAGAAUGAAGUGGGUAUUUUGGUGGAUAGGGAUCUUAGAGAGUCUGUGGUAGAGGUUAGAUGGGUAAAUGAUAGACUAAUGUCUAUUAAGCUGGUUGUUGGUGAGUAUUCCCUAAAUGUCGUUAGUGCUUAUGCACCGCAAGCAGGCUUGAAUGAGGAGGUUAAAAGAUUGUCUGCAGGUGGCUAUAGUGAGGUGCAUGACGGCUUCGAUUUUGGGGGUCGGAACGGAGGAGGUAACUCGCUGCUGGAUUUCGCUAAGGCAUUUGAGCUGGUGAUUACGAACUCGAGUUUUUCGAAGAGGGAGGAGAAUUUAGUUACUUUCCAAAGUACUGUGGCGAAGACGCAGAUUGGCUAUCUCCUCUUUAGAAGAUGUGACAGAAGGUUGUGCAAUGAUUACAAGGUUAUCUCGGGUGAGACAAUCAUGACGCAUCAUAGCCUCUUAGUGAUGGAUGUCGGUAUUAUGAUAAGGAGGAAGAAAAGGUCUGUACGAGGACCUCCGAGGAUCAGAUGGGGUAGCUUGACAAAGGAUAAAACUCAAUAG